UCAGCACCCCUAGGUGGGCAUCCUCACCUGUGAGCUCCUCCGGCUCCUCGGACAGGUGUGGGGAGUAGGAAGCCCCUGCCCUAGCAGUGCGUGCCUGCCCUCGGGGUCCCGCAGUGAGCCAUCGGAUGGUGUGCAUGUGUCUGGACGAAGGGUCCUGGGUGGGUGUCAGUAAUCAGGAGAGAUCAUGCCGGAGGGGACCACGCAGCUGGCAGAAGGACGUCUGGCAGAGGGCACAAGCACAGGCCCCGUAGUGGAGCCAUGCAGGGGUUCUGGGGGGAGCAGCAGGAAGCAGGGCAGAGAGGUGGCUGUCCGCUCGCCCUGUGCCACUGCAUGGGGCCAUAAGCCCCUCCCUGAAACAGACCGCACCAGCCGGGGUGGGGAACCCUGGAAUCCCAGCAUCUGCAUAACGUGAACAGGAUCCCUGUGGUCACCGGGCAGAGGACGGAGGACAGGCUGAGGGUGGUAGGGACAGGAGUGUAGAGAGCAGGACUAUUGCUGUAAUUCAGAUGAAAGUGAAGGAGCCCAGGGCACACACCUGGCUCACAAGAGAAAAUGAUUAAAUCUUCAAUUGGCAAACUGCCGUUAAACAUGGCCAUUAUUAAAAAUGAAGUCGUGUACGUGCUUGGUGCAGCGACAUUUUAUUAAAACAAAGGUAAGAAAUACUUCAAACUCCCUGCCUCCCGGUUACUUUGUUAUACUUCUCUAUCGUCUACGCUUUGGAGGUUAUUUCCGCGCACUGUACCUGUGCUGUGGGGACCGCGGUCUCGCAGCUCCGCGCUGGUGGCUGCUUCAAGUUGGCCGGGAGGGGGUUCACGCCAGGGCAGGGGCGCGCACCAGGCCUGGGGGGCUCUCCCGCUGCCCUGUGAGGAGCCAGCUGCUGUACGUCUGCUGGGGAGCAGGGGCCAGGGCCGUGGCUGCAAGCAUUUGCGGGGGGCUCUCGUGGUAGACGGCUGUGCACAGUGGGGACUUGCAGAAGUGUUGGCCCCGGGAGAGGCUGUGGGAGGGGCGGGAUGGGCAGAACUCGGAGGACACAGCGCCGGAACAAAGCCUGCCGUGCUGAGGGAGAUAAACCCCACCACCUCGCCAGCUGCUAUCUAAGGAGACAUUUACUCUAGAAAACAGGAAAACCAAGUUUUCAAAAAAGACAAAUAUUGUCAACGGAGAGGUAGGCAGAGGCAGGCUUUGGCCGCCACACGUGGCCCUCACUGUCAGAUGGCUACGGCCACGUCCACAGUGGCUCCCGUGGCUGCAGGGCUUGGUGGUUCUCCCCGGUACCCUUUCACGGGUUCCCUCCCUUUUCUAUGGCCUCCUUGAGUCUUCUGUGACCUCACAGGGAGCUGGACUUCUCACACAGAAAGGACGUGGGAAACCAGGCAGAGUUCAAACUUGCCCUAGUUCCUGCCCAGCUGGAGCCCCCCCAAGCUCUCAUGGCCCCCAGGUUUGAGGGCCGGAAGUACUGUGAACAUGACUUCCAGAUGCUGUUUGCUCCGUGCUGUGGAUCCUGUGGCGAGUUCAUCAUUGGCCGUGUCAUCAAGGCUGUGAACACCAACUGGCACCCAGGAUGCUUCCGCUGCGAGCUGUGUGAUGUGGAGCUGGCUGACCUGGGCUUCGUGAAGAACGCGGGCAGGCACCUCUGCCGGCCUUGCCACAGCCGUGAGAAGGCCAAGGGCUUGGGCAAGUACAUCUGUCAGCGGUGCCACCUGGUCAUCGAUGAGCAGCCCCUCAUGUUCAGGAGCGACGCCUACCACCCAGACCACUUCAACUGUACCCACUGUGGAAAGGAGCUGACUGCCGAGGCCCGGGAGCUGAAGGGUGAGCUCUAUUGCCUGCCUUGCCAUGACAAGAUGGGCGUCCCCAUCUGCGGGGCCUGCCGCCGGCCCAUUGAGGGCCGUGUGGUCAACGCGCUGGGCAAGCAGUGGCACGUGGAGCACUUUGUCUGCGCCAAGUGUGAGAAGCCCUUCCUGGGACACCGGCACUAUGAGAAGAAGGGUCUGGCCUACUGUGAGACCCACUACAACCAGCUCUUUGGAGACGUCUGCUACAACUGCAGCCACGUGAUCGAGGGCGAUGUGGUGUCGGCCCUCAAUAAGGCCUGGUGUGUGAACUGCUUCUCCUGCUCCACCUGCAACAGCAAGCUCACCCUGAAGAACAAGUUUGUGGAGUUUGACAUGAAGCCCGUGUGUAAGAAGUGCUACGAGAAGUUCCCGCUGGAGCUCAAGAAGAGGCUGAAGAAGCUGGCGGACCUCACUUCCCGCAAGGCCCAGCUGACGGCUGUGGACGUGAACUCCGCCUGAAGGCUCCCGCCCUCCCAGCUGCCCACUGGCCGCCUCCCAGCACCUCCGCUUCGGUUUCCUGCUUGUUCCUGUAGCUCCCCGUCCCCCUUCCUUCCCCUUCGCCAGCCCCUGUCUCCCUGCCUGGGUCGAGUCUGGCCUACACCUAACAGCCGCUUUGCGGUCCACACGAGCCCCAGGGACGGGAGCAAACGGGGCUGGGUUGCCCGCUCCCUGCUUGGAGCACAGCUGCCCGCCUACCCGGCUGACCCAUCGCUCCCACAGGCCCUGGUGACACCCACCGCCCUGGGGAGCACUGUGGCCCUGGUGUAUGAACCUGGGGGCCCAGCCCGUGCAGGUGGAGGCCUUUGGGACACCCUCAACCCUCAGUUAAUCAGCCACGAGGGUCCCCGUGCCCAGGCUGGCUAGCAAGUCCUGCCACCCCAACUCUCGAGCCAGGUGGAGGGCUGAGGGCUCCCCUACCUCCAGAUCCACUGUGCUUCCUGCACCUCUGGGCAGAGCCGGAGGGAUGGGGUCAGGUGGCUCUUGCCCACUUCAAGGUGACACAGCAGACACCUGGCUAGAGGCUCACAGUCGCACAAUGAAAGCUAAUCCACCACCAA